AUGGAGAAGGUCACUCUGCUUGCCAAGCACGAUGGCAAUCUGGAGUCACAAUUACAGAAUGGCAGCAUACCACACGAGUACGGUGUGACGAGAACACGCAAACUAGUCUGCUUGUCUCUAUACUUUGUUCUCAACUUGGGAUUGACUCUCUCGAACAAGGUGGUCCUACAAUCGGCGAAGUAUCCAUGGCUCCUCACAGCUAUGCAUGCUGUCACCACCACGCUUGGCUGCGCUGUCUUGGAAAGGAUGGGCUACUUUCAAUGCACGAAAUUGAGUUCAAAAGACAACAUGGUGCUUGUGGCAUUUUCGUGCUUGUUUACAGCUAACAUCGCUACGAGCAACAUCUCUCUUGGACUCGUUUCUGUCCCUUUCCACCAGGUGCUUCGAUCCACAGUCCCAGCCGUCACCAUUGGGAUAUACAGAACGGUCUAUGGUCGAAGCUACAGUCGACAAACAUACUGGACUAUGAUCCCUCUGAUCGGCGGCGUUGGCCUGGCUACCUUUGGCGACUAUUACUUCACACCAGAAGGUUUUCUCCUGACCUUCCUGGGAGUCCUCCUUGCGGCAAUCAAGUCCAUCGCUAGCAACAGAUUGAUGACGGGCAGCUUAAACCUCUCCGCUCUCGAAAUCCUGUAUAGGAUGUCACCGCUCGCAGCGGCUCAAAGUCUGGCAUGUGCCUUUGCACGUGGCGAAAUCACCGCUGCCAGAGCUCGAUUUGAUAGCGGUGACCUAGUGACAAACGGCGCAAUCAUGGUGUUGGUCACCAAUGCGUUGAUGGCCUUCAUGCUAAACGGCAUGUCUUUCUACACCAACAAAGUCACAGGUGCCCUCACGAUUUCCGUUUGUGCAAACUUGAAACAAAUCCUCACUAUUGUGCUCGGGAUCACGAUGUUCAGUGUCGUCAUUUCACCGCUGCAUGCAGUCGGUCUGGUCGUUGCGAUUGCUGGAGCUGCGUGGUACAGUAAGGCUGAGCUCGACGCCAGACGUGAACGCGGUAGGAGCGUAUCAAGGGUCUACAUCAAAUAG